AUGAUCCAGGCGGUGAUGGUCAUCAGCACCCAGGCCAAGCCCCGCCUCCUCAAGUUUUAUAAUUUCCAGCCACCCGAGAAGCAUCAGGACCUCGUCCGCAGUGUCUUCCAAUUACUCUCUGCAAGGCCCGACAGCGUGAGCAAUUUUGUCAAGGUGGACUCCAUAUUUGGCCCGGGAACAAAAUUGGUCUACAAGCAUUUGGCCACACUAUACUUUGUUUUUGUAUUUGAUAGCUCUGAGAAUGAGCUUGCCAUGCUCGAUCUGAUACAAGUUUUUGUUGAAACAUUGGACAAGUGCUUCAAGAAUGUAUGCGAGCUUGACAUUGUAUUUAACUUCAACAAGCUGCACACAAUUUUGGAUGAGAUGAUACUGGGGGGACAGGUGAUCGAAACAAGUUCAGAACAAAUAAUGAAAUCUGUGGAAGAGAUUGAAAGACUGGAGAAACAAUCGAGCACAACCAGCUUCAUACCCAAGUCGAUUACAGAGCGUUUUACCCGUUAA